UAUACUUGCAAGCUUUCUGGAAGACGUGGUGCAAGGCGAGAAAGCAGAAAUGUUUCGACGGAAACUUUUAGCCUUGGAUUACUCUAGUCCGGAUUCAUUCAAUGUCAGCGAUGAGAAAAAGUGUAGAAAUAUUAUAAUAUGGCUGGAAGAUCAGAAAAUACGACACUACAAAAUAGAGGAUAGAGUAGGAUUGCGAAAUGUGGACAGCGCAGAUUGGAAAAAACACUUCGAAGCUUAUUUGGGCCAGCUUCAGUGCCCAUAUAAAUCUGAGGACAUGACAGCCGUGAUUGACUGGCUUUUGGGAUAUGCUGUGAGACUGGAAUACGGUGAUGGUGUUGAUAAAUACAAAGGAGCGAGUCCUGCCUCAGCCCAGUCCUGUACAGGCAAACCUGCACAAGUCUCCAGUAAUCCUUUAGAUAAUUUGGACUUCGAUGAUCCAGACUUUAAAGCUGGAGUUGCUUCCCUUGCUCAGAUGUUACAGGUGCCCCCUCAUUCAGACCACACAGAGGUUCUUAAGGCUGUCUGUCUACUAGUAAAGGAAAAAUUGUCCAAAGAAGCUAUAGAAAAGGCUCAAUCUGAAACUGGCAAGGCAGAACAUAUUCCUUUAGAAAAGACAGAUUUAGGAUUUGAAGCUGGAGAUUACAUCAUAAAUGAUGCUGCAAAGAUAGUACGGCUGUUACAUAUCAAAGAUUUGAGAGAUUUACAAACAGACAUCAAUGCGGCUAUUGUAGCUGUACAAGCUCUGACAGCUAACCCCAAGACAGACUCUCGUUUGGGCAAAGUGGGGCGAUAAGUACAGUUCGUCUUGACUCACAGGCCUAAAACUACAGCAUGUGGAAUAGUCAACAGUGACUGAUGGACCUGUGGUAUUGGGUCAGGGAAGACAGCUGCUGUGCUAAACUUGGAAAUGUGUCAAUCAAGCUUCAAGGAGACAUUCCUGACUAAUGCUCAGGUUUUGCACCUGACCAGUUGGUGUAGAUCAUCUGUGUGUAAGCUGAGAGCCGCCGCUUUUACAUAAUGUUGAACAACAUGCAUGUAUGAAGGUAUGAAAUAUACCCGUAUGUGUCGCCAUUUAAGUUAUUGAGCAGAGACAAAAUCGAAAACCAAAGAAUAAUUACAGGCUGUAUGAGUUACGUAUACAAGCUGUAUGAAUUACAAGUUGUAACGGUGUGGUUUUCUGCUACUCAAGUAGAUAAGCAGCAGACCAAGUACAGACAGUUGACAGGCUAGCGAAUUAGAGGGUUAACAUCUUAGGUGACAUUGAUCACUUUCAUAAAACGAUGUAUAGAGCUUUGAACAGGAUUGACAUUUCCACAAAGAUUAAUGGAAGUGAUACAGAAAUCUUGUGAAUGGUAUGAAUGACAAUGAUGUUACAUGACACAUACCACUUCAUUGCAUACUAAAGGGCCAAGCUGAUAUGCAACAAAACCCUACAUUGUAGUGUGUUUUUUUCCUUAUUACAUGUAUGUUUAUUUCCUUCAGUCUGUGCUUAGAAUGUUGACAUUAGAUAUUUACAAUACCACAACA